CUCGGCAUGGACCUCGUCAGGCUUGGACUCGAGAGAGCGGACACAGCUGAAAAGGCUCUUACAGUCAUAGUUGAAUUGCUAGAAAAAUAUGGACAGGGAGGAAACUGUAUGGAGAGCCACAUGGCAUUUACGUACCAUAACAGUUUUCUGAUAGCCGACAGAAAGGAAGCCUGGGUGUUGGAGACAUCAGGAAAAUACUGGGCAGCAGAAAAAGUAGAAGGAGGUGUGCGGAAUAUUUCCAACCAGCUCUCUAUCACAACCAAGAUUGACCGAGAACACCCAGAACUGAGGGAAUAUGCCAAAAGCAAGGGCUGGUGGGAUGGGGAAAAAGAAUUUGAUUUCGCUGCCACAUACUCGUACGUAAACACUGCCAGAAUGACGACAUCCAGAGGCCGGUAUUGUGAAGGCUAUAAACUUCUGAACAAACACAAAGGAUCUAUCACUUCUGAAAUAAUGAUGGAAAUUCUUCGUGACAAGGAGAGUGGCAUUAAUAUGGAAGGUGGAUUUAUGACAACGGGAAGCAUGGUGUCUGUACUGCCUCAGCAGCCUAAUCUGCCAUGUAUUCACUUCUUUACUGGAACCCCAGAUCCUGCAAGGUCUGUGUUCAAGCCUUUCAUUUUUGUGCCCAAUAUCACUCAGUUAUUAAAAACUAGCUCCCCUACAUUUGGUCAUGAUGAUCCAGUUAAGAAGCAACCACGUUUUCAGAGCAAGCCAGACCGAAGACACGAGCUCUAUAAAAAACAUGAAAGCGCAGCCGUCGUUAUGGAAACUAAGGAGGGCCAAGGUAAAGAGAUGCUGAAAAAAAUACAGGAGUUGGAGAAACAGAAAAUAAGCGAAAUGGAAUCAAUCCUUCAAAACGGAUAUCUUGACGUUAAUCAAGUGGCUAACCUUUUUGCACAAUGUGUAGAAGAUGAACUGAAAAUAUAUAGCUAA